AUGUCACUCAUCAAGGACUCCGUCAAGGUGAUGAUAACGGGGACAUCCUCGAACCUCGGGUUCAACAUUGCCGUGCGAUUACUCGAGCAGUUACCAAACGACAAGGAAAUCACCCUUAUAGUAACCUCGAGAACAUUGCCCAAAGCAAAGGAGCUGAUCAGCGAAAUCAAAAACCAUGUGAAGAACAAUAUCCCCGAGAAGACCAAGCUCCUUGAAUUUGACUACAUCUUGGUUGAUUUCACCGACAUGGUGUCGGUUCUUUCCGCAUACUAUGACUUGGACAAGAGAUACAAACACAUUGACUAUCUCUUCAUAAAUGCCGCUCAGGGAGUCUACAAUGGGAUAGACUGGUAUAGUGCCACGGUGGAGGUUUUGAAGAACCCCGUUGACGCUGUAACGAACCCAACUUAUAAACUCCAGCGCACAGGAGUGGCCUCGAAUGACAAUUUGGGGUUGGUGUUCCAGGCCAAUGUGUUUGGCCCUUAUUACCUCAUACACCGGGUCAAGCACUUACUAGCUAAGGGUGGAAAGAUCAUCUGGAUUAGUUCGUUGAUGUCGCAUCCGAAAUACUUGUCCUUCAAUGAUCUACAGUUGCUUAGAUCGCCGGAGUCCUACGAGGGUUCCAAGAGAUUGGUCGACUUGCUCCACUUUGCAUCGUACAGGAGAUUGAAGGAAGAGGAUGGCAUUCUCCAGUAUUUGGUGCACCCGGGUAUCUUCACCAGUUUUUCGUUUUUUCAGUUUUUGAAUCCGUUUACUUACUACGGCAUGCUCAUGCUAUUCUACAUUGCGAGAAUGUUGGGUUCACCUUACCAUAAUAUCUCGGGGUACAUCGCCGCUAACGCCCCCGUCGCGGCUGCCUUGGGAAAAACAAAGCAAAGUUUGAAAGUCGGGUCGGCUUGUAACCGAUCAGGUAAGGAGUAUUUGAAAUAUGAGGAAGUGGAUACCACGGGUAAGGAAGACGUUGCAAAAUACUUGGAGGACCUCAGCAAGGAGUGGGAUGAAAAGCUAAAGCAUCAGAUCACUAACUCUAGACAAAAGUAG